GUAGAGAACAAGUCUUGCACUUUCGAUUUGACAUCUUACUUAUUCUACCAGACCACCCAAAGCACAAUUGACCUUAUUACGACAAGAUCAAUCAAUCAAUCACUCAUAUUCAACCCCUAAAACUUGACAACACGCAUACACUUCACUACCCUACCCUACACCACACCAUCAGAAUCAUGGCUUGCCAACGCAGCACAACGCCUUCAGGCCAGCCAGAGAAGCCCGUUGAAUCGGCACCUACCGUAAGCAAGGAAGAUCAGUCUGCUAAAGCUACUGAGGAGCCUGCCCGGACAACCGAAGAAGUUCCCAAGACGACUGAGGCUGCGGUGCAACAAGAUUGCAACGGUCAAGGACUUAAGACCACUGAAGCUACCGCUAAAUGCUGCAGCAGUUCUAAGACCGCGGAGGAACCUACCGAGACUACCGCUCACAGCGACUGUGAUUGCCCGUCGACCAAGACUGGAGAGGAGCCUACCAAGGCCAGUGAGAGUGCCGCGAAAGGGCACUGCAAUGGCCAGACUUCUACGGCCACUGAGUCCGUCGAUUCCGAUUCCGAUCCCGAUUUCGAUUCCGAUUCCGAUUCCGAGGAUGAGCGAGAUAAUGAUGAUGUAGAACCAGAGACCGACGACCGCAGCCACGAGAUUCUCCGCCUUUACGGGUUCCGCGCGGACGCAACCAGCGCCGAGUUGGCCAGAUUAGCAUCGGAAGUCUCAAGGUAUCCAGGACCUUACUACUUCACCUACGACGAACCGAAAUUAACCUUUGAGCCGUUUUACUUCUUCUUCUACGGUUCGCUCCAGUACAAGCCCAUGCUUAUGGCACUGUGUAAUCUCGCCGAUGAUGAGGAACCGGUCAUGGUGGCUGCGUCCAUUAAGGGCUGGCGAAUCAUGAAGUGGUGCCAGUACCCAGCUUUGGUCCCCGACGAGAAGGGCGAAGUCAAGGGCGUGUGCUGGAAAUGCGAGCGAGCUGAGGACGUGGCGAGACUGAGAAACUACGAGACCAUGGCGUACCGCAUGGAGCAUGUCAAGAUCAGUACGGAGGAUGGGGAAGUCAUUGAGAACGGCCGUUGCUUCGUAUGGGCAAAGAACCGCGGUGCACUACGUGAGGGUUCGUUUGAUCUCGAGCAAUGGCUGGAGCACAGUUAUUAGAUAGGUAAAUGGCUUAUUGUAGUAUGAUAAGCUCGAUGAAUUGAAUUGAAUUGAAUUGAUAUGAAUUCCAAGUGAGACUGUUGAAUAUAAAUGAUAUAAAUGUAUAAAUGAGAAAAUGAAAAAAUGAGAAAAUGAGA